CAACCAACCAACACGCGCCCAUACUUCACUCCACUCCACCCCCUGCUCGACCAACGUCAACAUCUGACUCAUCAGCUCAGAUCUGUCUACCAGGUGUGCCAAUCCUCGCUGUCUGCGUCAGGCGUGCCAAGCCAACACCACACACGGAGAGAGAAGGCAACAACCAUCCUCUUCUGUGUAUGUGUGUGUGUGUGGUUACAGGCGGUGAAGGAGACUCUGCGUCAGCUGUGCCUGUACAACAUCAUGACAGCCACUCGAGUGGUUCGCUCUUCAGCGAUACAUAUUGGCGAUAUGUCGAGGCCUUCGCCGAGCGGUGCUCCACCCAGGCACACAUAUCAGAGAACGGCCUCCCCCCCUUCUCUGAUAUGUGCGCCGACGCAUCAUCGACAAGCUCUAUCGUGACGCCAUCAUCGACAGUCGGCAGAUGUCAAGGCAGGACUUUCCGGACUGUGUGGAGGGGGAGAAGGGCAACGAGCUCUCCAACGAGCUCUCCAACAUGGCAUGGAGUGUGCUCGCACUCAGAAUCAAUGGCUGGAGGUCGGUGAAACGAAAAAAAAAACACGUGGGAGGCGCACACAAUUUCCCGCAUGUUUUUACGCAUUUAUGCGCGUCAUGUCCGUGUGUGUGUGUGUUGAGCAUUUAUAGGUAUGCCGGCAUGCUUGAGGCUGGUGCGGUGACAAAGGCCGUAUGUGGACGUGCAAAAUGCUGCUCAGGUGAGCGAAUACCAGCACACACACACACACACGCAUUGCCAUCAGCUAGUAAUGCUCACUCACUGUUCAGUGCAUGCUGUCCUGCGCACGCAGGAACACAGAGUGCGAAGAGAUGGCGGCAAAGAAUAACGCACCCUGUCCGCUAUAUGGAUAGGAAACGAUGGCAUUCAUUUAAUUUGUGUCUUGUCGUUUCUUGAAACGAUUUGGUCUGUCAGUGAGAGCUAGAAGACGCCUGCGGACCUGCACAGUAUCUGCACAUCUAGACUUGAUGUCUGAUCCUCUUCAUUUUGCGUCCAAUUCAGUAUUGCCUCCACGUCUCUGCCCCUGUGGCUUUGUGUCUGUCUGUCUGUCUGUCUGGCUGUCUGUCUUCGUGUGUGUGUACGUAUCUCUGCGUGUGUCAUCUCGGGUGUGUUUGUCCUCUUGUGGGCACUGUGUGUCGGUGGUUCAUUAGUGACUCGCCUCAUGCAUGUUCCAAUGAAUGAUUCUUUGUUGAUGUCAAGACUGGUCCCUGGUUGCGUCGGAU